AUGUGGCUCAACACAACUGUUUCUCCAUUUCUGCUAACUGGUUUUCCAGGCAUGGAGAAGGCACAUCACUGGAUCUCCAUUGCAUUAUUCAUGGUUUACGUCUCCAUACUUCUUGGUAAUGGCACCCUUCUCUUUCUCAUUAAGAAUGAUCAUAACCUCCAUGAGCCCAUGUACUAUUUCUUAGCUAUGUUGGCAUCUACAGACCUCGGAGUGACAUUGACCACGAUGCCCACAGUUCUGGGCGUCCUGUGGUUAAAUCAAAGAGAGAUUGGCAAGGUGGCCUGCUUCUCUCAGGCCUACUUUAUCCAUACUCUUUCUAUCGUGGAGUCUGGCGUUUUGCUUGCCAUGGCCUAUGACCGCUUCGUUGCCAUCUGCAACCCCUUGAGAUAUACUUCCAUCCUCACCAACACCAGGGUAAUGAAGAUUGGGAUGGGGGUAUUAACAAGGGCUGGUCUGUCAGUUAUGCCAAUAAUUAUUCGUCUUCACUGGUUUCCCUAUUGUCAAUCCCAUGUACUUUCCCAUGCUUUCUGUCUACACCAAGAUAUCAUCAAGUUAGCCUGCGCUGACAUCACCUUCAAUCGUCUCUAUCCAGUUGUCGUUGUAUUUACAAUGGUCUUGUUGGACUUUUUGAUCAUAUCUUUUUCCUACAUUUUGAUCCUCAAAACUGUCAUGAGAAUUGCUUCUGGAGUAGAAAGAGCGAAGGCUCUCAACACAUGUGUCUCCCACAUCUGCUGUAUCCUGGUCUUCUAUGUCACUGUAGUUGGUCUGACGUUUAUUCAUAGGUUUAGAAAACAUGCUCCUCGUGUUGUCCACAUCACAAUGAGCUAUGUAUACUUCCUUUUCCCCCCUUUUAUGAACCCUGUUAUCUAUAGCAUUAAAACCAAGCAGAUCCAUAGUGGAAUAAUUCGCUUAUUCUCUGUGUGUCAUACGAGAGCAUAA